CAAAAUGUGCUAAACUCGAGACAUUCCUAGUGGAUACCCUUUUCAUUCCAUACGAUUUACCGGACUCCUUUACGAAUUACUACCUACAACAAUUUCAACACUUUACCUUUCACGUCGUUCAAUCUUCUCGUCGAUAAAUGUUUUACACUGUCAAAAUCCCUUCGUUUUCAGUCAUCUUGUAAAGAAGAAAAUACACGACCUCACUCGUUCGGUCGGACAAUUAUCUAUUCCAUUCAGUCGACUUUUGGGUUUCACUCGGACAACCUUGAUCGAAAUUUAAUCGGACUAUAAGAAUCAUCAAAACAAAACAUCCAUUAAACAUUUACUCACCAUUCAUCCAAAAGACCAAACAUUUCUCGAAGGAGUUUUGGUGUUAGAUCAAAGUAUACUUUGAAGAUUGGAAAGAGUAUUUAGGAAAUCAAACAGGAGAUUUGGGGCCAUUUAAGGGCGUACGAAAAUAUCAACAGCAAACACGAUGCGGGCUCAACGAUCAAUCCAACUAUAUUCCAUCAUCCUACUCUGCUUUUCCACAUUUGUAGCUGCAUGGCCAUGGCCAAGAUGGCUUCCAGAAAUGGACUCUUUGAUUGUAGCUCGACAAGACAGUUCAAGCUCUUCUGCCGCUGACAAUACAGCAUCAGAAACUGCUUCUACCACUGCUUCGGCAACUACAGCCCCAAAGUCCACAAACACAGCAUCAGAAACAGGUUCCCAAUCUGUAACCGAUUCUCAAUCAGCAUCGAAAACAAGCUCAGGCUCAGGCACAAAUAGAGCUACUACUUCGGGAUCAAAAACAACAUCAGGUACUGCCAAAUCUGGGUCGUCCAAAUCUACAGCCAGGUCGUCCGGUGGCAAUUCGACUUCCUACGAUGCAUCUUACCCAGCAGGUGGAAUUUCUCUCUUAACACCUGCCGCCACUUCCACUGCAUACUUCAAAAUUGGUGAAUAUAUUACUUUUGCCUGGAACUAUACAUCUCUUGAAGCUACUCCUACUGCCGUUAACAUUAUGGCCACAUGCAAAGCCAAUGCUCAAUUAUAUACUAUUGCAAUGAAUCAAACCGUCGCGCAUUCCACGCAGGCAGUAACCUGGGAUACUGGUGCCUAUCAAUCAACUGCUGUUGGAAACCCUCUCCUUACUGAAACCUACACUUUGAUUAUCUACGAUGCAGAGAGUAGUAUCAGUGCGCUUUCUCAACCCGGAUACCUGUCAGUAUAUGAUACAUAUGCUUUUGGAAUGUACACGCCACAGCCAUACACUCCUCUCAGUGAUUGGGUAUGUGCUACAUGCAGUGGGGCAUUAUCUGAUAUGGAGAGAAAGGCAUUGAAAUUGAUGUUUGGUAUGGGAGUUAUCACUGUGCUUAGCUUUACCUGGUUCGUCACUGGAUUAGGUGUCAUCUGGUAAAAAAUUGUUAUAAAGAUCACAACUCUUUUCUUAUAAUUUUGGGAGUGUUGGAUUGAAGGACACGGAGGGGGAGAACGUUAAGAUAUUGGGUUGCAUAUGGGGACCAUUCCUUUGGGCAAGAUUUGAAAAUGAAAAAUCCGGGUUGGGGUAAUGGUGUUUUGGGGUUUGGGCAAAUGUGCAUUUCCUGGAUUUAGCACAUUGCAUGCAUGCAUAGAUAGCAGGGAGAAAUUUACAAUUACUUAAUGAACGAUUGAGAGCAAAUUGAUUUAGAAUAAUCAAUAACAAUUCUUUUCUCUGAUUCUAUAUUUGUGAAUUUGUGCGCUGUAGAUUUACAUCUAUAAAAUUACAAG